AUGGCCGCGGCCUCCACCCCGCCCAGGGCAGAGAGGAAGCGCUGGGGCUGGGGCCGCCUGCCGGGCGCCCGGCGGGGUAGCGCGGGCCUGGCCAAGAAGUGCCCCUUCUCCCUGGAGCUGGCCGAGGGGGGCCCGCCGGGCAGCGUGCUCUACGCGCCCGUCUCGCCGCCCGGCGCCCAGGGGCCCGCGCCGCCCGCGUCCCCCGUGUCCCCCGCGCCGCCCGCCGCCGACCUGGGACCGCGGCCCCCGGUGAGCCUCGACCCGCGCGUCUCCAUCUACAGCGUGCGCCGCCCGCUGCUCGCGCGCACCCACAUCCAGGGCCGCGUCUAUAACUUCCUGGAGCGCCCCACUGGCUGGAAGUGCUUCGCCUACCACUUCACCGUGUUCCUCAUCGUCCUGGUCUGUCUCAUCUUCAGCGUGCUGUCCACCAUCGAGCAGUAUGCCGCGCUGGCCACGGGCACCCUCUUCUGGAUGGAGAUUGUCCUGGUGGUGUUCUUCGGGACUGAGUAUGUGGUCCGGCUCUGGUCUGCCGGCUGCCGCAGCAAGUACGUCGGCAUCUGGGGGCGGCUGCGCUUCGCCCGCAAGCCCAUCUCCAUCAUUGACCUCAUCGUGGUUGUGGCCUCCAUGGUGGUGCUGUGCGUGGGCUCCAAAGGGCAGGUGUUUGCCACGUCGGCCAUCAGGGGCAUCCGCUUCCUCCAGAUCCUGCGGAUGCUGCACGUGGACCGCCAGGGAGGCACCUGGAGGCUCCUGGGCUCCGUGGUCUUCAUCCACCGCCAGGAGCUGAUCACCACCCUGUACAUCGGCUUCCUCGGCCUCAUCUUCUCCUCCUACUUCGUGUACCUGGCUGAGAAGGACGCGGUGAACGAGUCGGGCCACGUGGAGUUCGGCAGCUACGCGGACGCACUGUGGUGGGGGGUGGUCACCGUCACCACCAUCGGCUACGGGGACAAGGUGCCGCAGACGUGGGUCGGGAAGACCAUUGCCUCCUGCUUCUCCGUCUUCGCCAUCUCCUUCUUCGCACUCCCUGCGGGGAUCCUUGGCUCCGGGUUCGCCCUCAAGGUCCAGCAGAAGCAGAGGCAGAAGCACUUCAACAGGCAGAUCCCGGCGGCCGCCUCCCUCAUCCAGACGGCAUGGAGGUGCUACGCCGCCGAGAACCCUGACUCGGCCACGUGGAAGAUCUACAUCCGGAAGCCCACCCGGGGCCAUGCCCUGCUGUCCCCCAGCCCCAAGCCCAAGAAGUCUGCCGUGGUCAAGAAGAAAAAGUUCAAACUUGACAAGGACAAUGGAGUGAGUCCUGGCGAGAAGGCGCUCCCGGUCCCCCAGAUCACAUGCGAGCCCCCGGAGGAGCGACGGCCAGACCACUUCCCCGUGGAUGGCCACGACAGUUCUGUGAGGAAGAGCCCCACGCUGCUGGAAGUGAGCACGCCCCAGUUCCUGAGAACCAACAGCUUUGCCGAGGACCUGGAUCUGGAAGGGGAGACGCUGCUGGCCCCCAUCACCCACGUGUCACAGCUGCGCGAGCACCAUCGGGCCACCGUGAAGGUCAUUCGGCGCAUGCAGUACUUUGUGGCCAAGAAGAAAUUCCAGCAAGCACGGAAGCCUUACGACGUGCGUGACGUCAUCGAGCAGUACUCCCAGGGCCACCUCAACCUCAUGGUGCGCAUCAAAGAACUGCAGAGAAGGCUGGACCAGUCCAUCGGGAAGCCGUCCCUGUUCGUCCCCAUCUCAGAAAAGAGCAAGGACCGCGGCAGCAACUCCAUUGGCGCCCGCCUGAACCGGGUGGAAGACAAGGUGACGCAGGUGGACCAGAGGCUGGCGCUCAUCACCGACAUGCUCCAGCAGCUGGUGGCCCUGCACCAGGGCCGCUGCCACGGCGGGGCCCACCCGGGGCAGGCCCGCGACGGGGACCCCGCGGACCCCGAACUCUUCCUGCCCACCUACGAGCAGCUGACCGUGCCCCGCAGGGACCCUGAGGAGGGGUCCUGAGUGGGGAGGCCCCCAGCAGCCCGCAGAGCCUGAGCCCCGGGCAGCGGGCAGGAGCCGGCGGGUGCGGGGACCCCCUCGGUCCGAGCUGUCAGCCCAGUGCCACGGCCCCAAUCCUGCUGAUGACCUCACUUGCAUGGUGGUCGGGACACAGGGACAGGGUCCAGGCUGGCCUCCGGGACUGGGCCCUACAUGGCCUAGAGCCAGGCCUGCCCUGGUUGGCCUGGAGGCGGAGACUGGACAGGGUCUGGGGCCCCCCCGACCCUCAGACUUGAAUCUGGGACAUGGCAGGGAGGGAGCAGGCAGGCCAAGGACAGGCGCCAGCCCAGGAUUCCCGAGUAGAGCUGGCCUGGGGGCUGCCCUGAGGCCACAGCUUCUGGCCGGGGGGACAAGCUCACCAGUGGCCCAGGGCCCGAUGUUGAGUGGGGGGCCCAUUUCCCUCCCCGGCUUUGGACGGGCAGCUCCUCCUACCGCCUGGAGAGCAGGGUCUCCCGAACCCCACCCCGUGGGCAGCCCCUGCCUCCAGCUCUUGGCCGGGUCCGGGCAGCCGACGCGGGCAGAGGGGCCGCACGCGCCCCGGGCAGGAGUUCACGGAGUGCGUUUGUCCCCCUUGCUAAUGAGCCUCGUGUGUG